UAUCAGAAAGAAGCACUGAAGCAAAUAUGGAAGCCAUGGUGUUUCUCUACUCAUCCCUCUCUCUUCUCUUCGUCGCCGUUGCUUUCAAGCUGAUCAUCUACCUUCAAAGAAGAACACCGAAACACCUCCCUCCCAGCCCACCUUCUCUCCCAAUUCUCGGUCAUCUCCAUCUCGUUAAAAAGCCCAUUCACCGGACUUUCCACAGCCUCUCUAAAAAAUACGGCCAGAUUUUCUCUCUCCGAUUCGGCUCCCGCCUCGUGGUUAUCGUUUCGUCCCCUUCUGCAGUCGAGGAAUGCUUCACCAAGAACGACAUCGUCUUAGCCAACCGUCCUCCCUCCCUCGUGGCCAAGAUUGUCGGCUACAACCAGAGCACCGUGGUAGGAGUCCCUUACGGCGACCUCUGGCGCAACCUCCGCCGCAUCAGCGCGCUCGAGAUCUUCUCCACCCCCCGCCUCAACAUGUUCUUGGGCAUCCGAAGGGACGAGAUUAAGCGCUUGCUGCACAAACUGGGACGCAACUCGUCCCAAGAUUUCACCAAGGUGGAGCUGAAAUCAAUGUUCUCGGACCUCACCUUUAACAUCAUAAUGAGAAUGGUGGCGGGGAAGCGGUACUACGGGUACGGAGAGGAGGUGAAGAACGAGGAAGAAGCGAGACGGUUUAAGAAGAUGAUGAUAGAGGUUGUAGCAUCAGCAGGGGCGUCGAAUCCUCAAGAAUUCGUGCCCAUUUUGCGGUGGAUUGAUCAUGGGGGUUUGGAGAAGAGGCUGAUGAGGCUUGCCAAGAAGAUGGAUGCCUUCUUGCAAGCUCUUAUUGACGAGAAGAAGGGUAAGGAGGAGGGAAACACUAUGAUCGACCAUCUGCUUUCCUUGCAGAAAUCACAGCCUGAUUAUUACACGAACCAAAUUAUCAAAGCCCUUAUUUUGAGCUUGCUACUUGCCGGAACUGACACUUCAGCAGUGACAUUAGAGUGGGCGAUGUCCAAUCUGCUCAACCAUCCUGACGUAUUGAAGAAGGCUAGAGCUGAGUUGGACAGUCAAAUUGGGGAAGAGAAUUUGAUGGAUGAACCAGAUAUCUCUAAACUAUGUUACCUACAAAGGAUAAUUUUGGAGACCCUUCGAUUAUAUCCUGCAGCCCCACUACUAGUACCCCACAUGGCCUCUGAUGAUUGUAUUAUCGGAGGAUACGAUGUUCCACGUAACACAAUGUUAUUGGUGAAUGCAUGGGCCAUACACAGAGACCCCAAGGUGUGGGAUGACGCAGCCAGCUUUAAGCCUGAGAGAUUUGAGUGCGGUGAGGCAGAGGCGCACAAGUUGAUGCCAUUUGGGCUGGGGAGGAGGGCAUGUCCAGGGUCAGGGCUAGCCCAACGAACGGUGGGAUUAGCUUUGGGGUCAUUGAUUCAGUGCUUUGAGUGGAAAAGGGUUGGCAAGGAAAAAGUAGAUAUGGCUGAAGGUAAUGGAAUCACCAUGCCUAAAACUGUGGCACUGGAGGCCAUGUGUAAGGCACGCCCUAUUAUGAAUAACCUUCUUUCCAAGUCUGUAGAUCAUGUUUGAACAACAAUUGAUGUAAUCUCCUAGAGCUCUGAUCUUUUUCUCUUUUCUUGACUUCCACCGGAUAAUAAUGUGUCUCAAAGGUGUCUGUAUGGACUAAAAAGAUGACUUUUAUUUGUACU